AUGCUCAGCAUCUACUCCAUGUUGAGACAAAUGCAGCUGCGCUGGAGCGGCCAUCUGGUGCGCAUGGACGACGAGCGACUACCCAAACGACUCUUCUACGGAGACGUCGCGACGGGUUCUCCCCGUCAAGGAGGCCAGAUUCGCCGCUACAAGGAUACCCUGAAGUCCUCCCUGAAGCGCCUGCUAAUCAACCCGACCAACUGGGAAGAGCUCGCACUCGAUCGACCGACCUGGAGGAGGACAGUGAAGACAGGCGCUGCGAUCUACGAAGCCAAUAGCAUAGCGGCCGCAAAGGCGAAGCGCGAAGCCCGCAAAUCACAACUUCGCCCAGUAAGUUACGCCGCCGCACAACCGCUUCCAACGUGUCCUCGAUGUCAACGGACAUUUCGGGCUCGAAUCCGAAUUGUUGGACAUCUUCGGACCAACUGCGCCUCUCGAUCUGCACCAACCAUCCUCCCCACGCCCGCCUCUGCCUACCCGUCGUCGCCAACUAACUCUGAUUAUUCCACUGAACCACCACUUCCAUCCUCCUCCUCCUGCUCCUCCUCCCCCACUGCCCCAGCGGCGGCCGCUCAGUCGGCCGUCUCGCACAUCAACCCCGACACAACAACCGACACCACCCCCACCUCUCCCGAUUCCAGUGAUGAGGAUCAGGACUACGCCUGCCAUCACUGCGAUCGCAACUUCACCUCACGCAUCGGCUUGGUCGGUCACUUCCGAAUCCAUCGCACAGAGACUGGCGAACCAGUGCCUGGAGCACCAACCUACACCCACCGCACUCGCAUCCACUGCCCACACUGCCCUCGCACCUUCACUCCCCGCAUGGGUCUAUUCGGCCACAUGCGCAUCCAAGAGAGCGAAAUUGACCGCAGCCUUGACACAACCAACACGCCGAGCCCAACUCCCAAUUCACCUACUUGA